AUGAAAAAACUGCUCUAUUUCAAAUGAGGUAGAGCAAAUGGUAGCAAAUGGAAGGUCAUACUCGGAUCAGUUCCCUCAAAGUACACUAGCAAUGCAAUUUUUGGACCUAACAUCUUCUGAUUCCAUUCUAGCUGAAGCCAAAAGGGAAGGCAUUCUUAGUGAAUCUACCUACAAGAGCAUUAUUUCUCUACAGAGAGAGGAAAGCAAUAAUUUCGUGUCUAAAACUAAUAUUGUGCUUGAAAAUAAGGUGGAGCACAAAGUAGAAUAUACAGCUUCUGCUCCAAGCAAAGCACUCCGUCCUGAAAAAGUUGGUUACUUCAUGAACAGAUUUAUAGUGAAGUGGAAUCUGAGCAAGCAAAAUGCUUGCACUUCAUUUUCCAUGAAUAACUCCAAUCAAUUCCAAGAUUUUGGAGAAGAAAGAUGGAACUUUGCAAUUCUUGUCUCGUUGGCCAUGAUCAGGUGGCCAGGGUCCGUUACAUGGUUGAUGCUAAUUGGUUGUACCUUGCGACAUUAUCAAAGAGAGAGGAUAGCAGCAGUGUUCAUGAAGAAGAACUUUCCCUUUCAGUGGAGUCACAACAAGUAAUGAGCAACAUAAACUUGUGUUCUGCUUGUACAAAGAAAUCAGCUGAAAGAGCUCUCCUCUUAUUGAAGUCCAUUCCAGUCGCAGCCAGAAGAGCUUUACCUGUCUUAGUCAAUGUGGAUGGGCUGUUGCUAAGCAUACCAAGUGUGGGUUUCCAGCACUGUCCUUGCUUGGUGGCAUCAGCAACGUUUAAGCAAAAAAUACCGCUGGGUGGAGGUUACAAUUCAUUCCUCUAGGAACAGCAUCAUUACAACAUCCUUAAUUCUUAUCUCUCUAAAAUCCUCCUCCUUCUCUCUAGGAAGAAGGUGAAUAGUAAUUCCAUCACUAUUCACCGGGCCAUAACUCCGGCAUCCGGCAAGGUAAUAUCACAAGAUUGGUCUUAAAAGAACCCCCUUCUCUUAGAGAACAAUCCCCAACUGGUUUCAUCCUCAAAUUCAUAACCUAUUUUUCUAGAUCUUAAAUUCUAUUUCGCGAUUUACUGUAGCAAGCAGAAUUUUCCAGAUUUUGUUGUUAUUUUCAGUUCUUCACGUCAAUGAUAUUGUGACGUUUUGAGUAGCCAUGGAUGCUGUCGUCUCUCCCCAGCCUUUGGCUGUGGGAGAGCCACCAAUAAAACCCACAUAUGCUCAGCAAAUCGCAACAAAAAUAGACCCCAUACCUCGCACAACUCCAAAACUCAAACCAGUCCAGUUCAUCCAUGGAGAGCCAACUGUAAUGUUUUCCUUAGAAGAACGACAACAGUUUGCUGUGAAGGAAGGCUUGCAUCAAUCAGUAGUGAUGAAAGUAUCUCCAGGAGCACCAGAACUCAAUGAGCAACGAGAUUUACUGCCCAAACACUUAGGUGUUAAAGGUCGAUGUAUCAUCGGUUUACUCGCACCAAGACAAUUACUGCUAAGGUUUGAUCGUUAUGAUGAUUAUGUAAGUGCUUUAGCUCGCUCUGUUAAUUAUCUGCUGUAUAAGGGUGUUCAGCUUCAAUAUCGUGUAUUUCCAUGGACGAUUGGUUAUAACCCAAAGGAGGAAACAACAAAAGCAGUGGUUUGGAUAUCGUUGCCGAAUCUGUCACCAGAUUUGUUUGUGAUGCCUUCAUUGUUGUCUAUAGCAUCUGCUGUAGGAAAACCAAUUGCCAUUGAUAAGGCAACACAAACUAAGUCCAGACCUAGCACUGCUAGGGUGAAGGUGAUCUUAGACUUGCUUAACAAACAUCCUAAUCGCGUAAGGUUGCAAAGUGUGGAUACAAUUUCUGGAAAAGUACUGGAGGUUUUUCAAGAAAUCGUUUACGAUAAUUUACCACUGUAUUGUAAUUGUUGUAAGCAUCAAGGCCAUGAUGAAACUACGUGUCGAAGACUUCAGAAAAAAAAAUCGUGAUGAGGAUGCUCAGAUUGAUGAAGAGCAACCUCGUCAAGAACAAAUUGGUGGUGCGAAAUACAAGGGAGAUUUGCGUCAGUUUUUGAAUGAGAGGAGGGCCUUAAAUGAUGGUGAUCGAACUGCUGGAGAUCACAUUAACCAUACAGAUGCUACAAAGGUGUUAAGAGCUCCUCAAAGGGCUCAUGAACACGCUGAAAAUUUGAUCAAGACAGCACAUGUAACAGCUGUAUCUACAAGGCAUAUGGGGCGUAAUCCUGUUUCUAGUGCAAUUGUCCCAGUUGCUGAAGCCCUUGCUAGAGUUGCUCAGGACUUGAAGGCUGCAAAAAAUACUGUGGUUGAUCAAGCUUUACCUGGAACUUCUAAAGGUUCAGCGUUUGUACCUGGGAUGAUGAAUGACAGUGCUUUAGCUGCAGCUGUUCGAACAAUGUUUGCCAAGAAUAAUGCAGCAAUAACAUUGAUAGGACAAGUUGACAAAGUUGAAAGACGAUCAGCUACUGUAGGUUCACAAUUGGAGGCUAAUGUUGCAUUGAAUGCAACUGGUAAUCGUCCUACUGCUGGGGUUAUUAAAGCUACUGUUGCACAUGUUAAUCUAACUAAAAAAACAGCUCAGUUAAUAGAUACUGCAGUGCAAGAUGAGGAGCAGGAACUUGAAGAUGUUGAUGUUGUGAGAAGUGCAGAUGCUACAAGUUUGAAGGCAGGUGUUGGGCUCUUUAAUGAAGGGGUUAUGACUUCUGUUGCUGGGGUUAUUGACAAUUCAAAUACAACACAUGCUUCAGCUCCUAUCGUGCCACUAGAUGAGGUGUUAAAAUUGGACAAGGGGCUGCCUAAACAAUCCAAACAUGUUCACGCCUCCACUAUCUCUACAAGAAUGCACCUAGUCACUGCUGGUGCAAUGCAUGCCGAUGUUGAUCGAGGAAAAAAUGUUUUGGCACAUGGUCAUCAAAUUUCUGCGGGGCAAGAUAAAAUAGGUGUAGGGGCAGUAGGUACUACAAAGAGUAACAACUGGAAAGUGGUGAACAAAUCACCUAGCAAGAAGCAAACUCCAAUGCUUCAAAAUCAGAUUGUACCAUCAAAGGCUAUUGGAGUUUCGAACUCUUUCGAUGCUUUGGUGAAUGAGGGUGAGCAUGUUAAUGAGGAACAACAUAUGGGGUACGAGAUACGACCAGAUGCUGAAAAAAUUAAUUUUACAGGUAGUGAAAAGGAGCAGAAAAAUGAAGCGGACAGUGUUCGCCUUGAGAUCGCAUCUGGUGGUAAUCACAAUGGUGAGACAAGUCAAAUUCAUGCUGCAGAUACGCCAACGCUACAUAUUUCCAAUUCGGAGCUUGAUAAAAUGGUAAACGAUGUCGUGGCAGCUAUGAUGAUGAACACAACCCCAAAAAUUUGCCAACUACAAUAUCCAGGUAGUAGCAAACAACAACUUGCCAAGAACACAGGUGGUCGACUUAUUGUGUCGAAGGACAUUGUUCCUGUUGAUGCGCAAAAGGCGAUGGCAAUUAAAUCCAAGCUCUGGGAUGACCAGCGUGAGUAUGAUGAUGAAGAAGAUUGUGGUGUUGAUUUUGCUGGAUACUCAUCUGAAGAGGCAGAUCAUGAGGUUGAUCAGGAGAGUGCAGGUGAAGAACUUGAUUCAAUAACACUGCCUAAACCAGAUGGUAUACCAAACACGAGCCACAAAAGCAUGUUGAAUCUCAACGCUCCAGCUUUCAUUCCCAGGUACUCUCCAGUUGCUGCUCUAAAAGUCAAGGAUGCAGUAGCUGGAAACAUAGUUCAAAAUGCAGCCACACCUAGUAACCAGAUUGAUCCAGCUGGUCGAAAGUAUGGGCAGCAGCAGCUGAAUGCAAACACCUCAGGAGCUAUAGUCACACUUCCAACUGGUGGACAGCAGCAGCAGGAUACAACGCCACCAGCUAUCACUUUGCAGGAUGGAAAGUUGCUUGAUGCAUUGCAGCAGCAGAAUGAAAACAAUGCAGGAGCAGCAGUAACUUCUUCAACUGCUGGACAGCAACAGUUAUCUAUAAGGGCACCUGUUAUCACGAUGGAGGACAGAAAGCUACUUGAUGCAAUGGUAAGUUCUAAGCCCCUAAAUUCUCUAAAUACAAAUCAAGUUGGUAGCACUGGGCGUGGGGAUUGGACCAGCAACCAGGUGAAAGGCACAAAACAAAGUCAAAACAAGGCAACUAUGGUUAACAGACAAGAUGGAAAUGGUUUGAUGGCACAAGAAUUUUUACAAGACAUGCCAGAUCCAGUAUCUGUGGGUAGAGAUAUGUAUGAGGAAGGAGAAGAAGAUGCAGUUUUGAAAGAAUGUCGCGCACAUGCAGCAAGAAAAGGUGAUUUAUCACCUAUGCAUAGCGGAAAAAAUAGGAAAUCUCAUACAAGGAAAAAUAGUUGGGACGACAAGGUUAGUGAUUUUUUAAAUGUUAGGCGACCUCCAAUGAGAGUUGCCAAACAAAAGCAGGCUGCCCCAACUACAUCAACGAGGUCCAACCGUUCAAAAAAGAAAUGAUGAUUUUUGAAUACAUUUUGAACACGGUUGAAGAAAACAACAAAGAAUUACAAAUUGAAGAUUUUACAAGUUUGCAAAAGAAGGGACAUGAACCAAAUUGGUACUUCAUUCUAUUAUACCACUUUAUUAGUAUUCUCAUUUGUAAUAUCAUCACAGAGUAUGUUAUAAACUCUGUGAUGAUCAUUGAAUAUU